CACCGGAAAGACGGUUUACGGUGAUAAAAAAAAACGGGGAUUUACAGCAUUAUAUUGGCUGCUUAGACACAGAGGGAGAUACUUAACCUGGCAUUUGACUAUGGGAUGCGAACUAUGAGGUGUUGUGUAGCUGCAGAAGACUGAGUGAACCAUGGCACAGUUCCCCACCACAUUCACAGGUCCAGAUGUGUUUCUGAUCUCGGUGGAUGAGAGAGCCAAACAUGAUCAGCAGUUUCACAGCCUCUCUCCAACGGCCCGGGGUUACAUCACAGGCGACCAGGCCAGAAACUUCUUCCUUCAAUCAGGACUGCCGCCGCCCAUCCUGGCCCAAAUCUGGGCGCUGGCUGACAUGAACAGUGAUGGCCGUAUGGACAUCCACGAGUUCUCCAUCGCCAUGAAACUCAUCAAGCUAAAACUCCAGGGUCACCCUCUGCCCUCCACGCUACCCCCAAGUAUGAAACAGCCCCCGCUGCCUAUACCCCCAGUGUCCGGCUUUGGCAUGCCUCCCAUGCCCCCCAUGGGUCCCAUCGCUGCUCCUCUUGCAGGCGUGCCCCCGCUCCCCCUGCCUCCUCUCCCCGUCGGAGUUUCUCCCCCGCUCGUCUCGUCCGCCCCACCACCCAUCCCCCAGCCCAUUGCCAACGGUGCUCCUCCUACAGGCAUGAUGCAGCCCAUCUCAGGCUUCUCCCACCCAGCUUCCUCUGUCAGCAAGACUGCAUCAUUUAAUCGUUCCAGUACCAAGUUGCAGAAGGGGCCGUCCUUUGAUGCCACUAGUAGUCAGCCUCCAGCGGUUCCGGUUGACUGGGCUGUUCCUCAGUCCUCCAGGCUGAAGUACCGGCAGCUUUUUAACUCCCACGACAAGAUGAUGAGUGGACACCUCACUGGUCCCCAAGCUCGCACUAUCCUGAUGCAGUCUAGUCUUCCUCAGGGCCAGCUGGCCACGAUAUGGAGUUUAUCAGAUAUCGACCAGGAUGGAAAGCUAACAGCUGAGGAGUUUAUCUUGGCCAUGCACCUCAUAGAUAUGGCUAUGUCCGGUCUACCGCUGCCCCCUGUGUUACCCCCAGAUUACCUCCCACCUACAUUCAGGCGUGUGCGUAGUGACAGUGUUCAGUCGGACCAGAAGAGCGUCCAGGAGGAGAUUGAGGAAGAGAUGGAAAGCCAGGACAAGAAACUAGCAGUGUCGUUUGAGGAUAAAAAGAGGGAGAACUUCGAGCGAGGGAACCUGGAGUUGGAGAAGAGACGUCAGGCUCUGCAGGAGCAGCAGAGGAAAGAACAGGAGAGGCUGGCUGCACUGGAGAGAGAGGAACUGGAGAGAAAGGAGCGUGAGCGAAUGGAACAAGAGAGGAGGCGACAACAGGAGUUAGAAAGACAGCUGGAGAAACAGAGGGAGCUGGAGAGGCAGAGAGAAGAGGAGAGACGUAAAGAGAUAGAGAGGAGAGAGGCAGCAAAGCGGGAGCUGGAGCGGCAGAGGCAGUUGGAGUGGGAGCGGCAGCGUCGUCAGGAGCUUCUGACUCAAAGAAACAGAGAGCAAGAGAGUAUCGUGCUGCUCAAAGCCAGGAAGAAGACCCUGGAGUUUGAACUGGAGGCUCUGAAUGACAAGAAAAGCCAGCUGGAGGGGAAACUGAAGGACGUCCGAUAUCGUUUGUCAGCUCAGCGGAAAGAAGUGGAGCUGACCAAUCAGACCAGAGAAACACGCAUUGCUGAAAUCACACUUUUACAACAGCAGCUACAGGACUCCCAGCAGUGGUUGGGGAGGCUAAUUCCUGAUAAACAGAUUCUCAAUGAUCAGCUGAAACAGGUUCAACAGAACAGCCUGCAACGUGACAGUCUGUCAUCCCUGCAGAAGGCUGUGGAGCAGAAGGAGAGCAGCAGACAGCAGCUCAGAGAACAGCUGGAUGCUGUGGAGAGAGAGACCCGGGCCAAACUGCUGGAGAUAGACGCUUUCAACACCCAGCUGAAGGAGCUGAGGGAAAUCCACAGCCGGCAGCAGAGGCAGAAACAGAAGGAGCUGGAGGGAGACACACACUCACUGACACACACACACUCUCACAUACACACCCCGAUCGAGAGAAAGUCUGCCGAACUUCAGGACAGCAGGUUGUCAUCAGAGGAAAGUGUCGCCUGGAGGGAUGAAGCAGGAGGCGCUGUCCCAACAGCUCCGAGCCCCCCGCCCCUCUCAGCGCCUCACGCCUGGCUGAACAGAGUGACUCAAGAAGAGGACGAGAGGAAGAGGAGAGCGAUGGAGGAUGAAGAAGAGAGCCUCAAAGAAGCAGCAUCAGUAGAGGAGAAGGAGGAUGAGGUGAAAGGGAAGAAGGACAUGCAGGAGAAACUGACAAAGCUGUUCAGCCAGCCGAGCGACCCGUGGACUUCAUCAGAAAAGGGUCCGGUGCCCAACCUGUUUGACCAGAAGACUCCAGUCUGCAGCUUCGACCAGCAGCAGGGGUCGGUGAAGGUGGUCUACUACCGGGCUCUUUAUCCGUUUGACGCUCGCAGCCAUGAUGAGAUCACUAUCACCCCCGGAGAUGUAAUUAUGGUGGAUGAGUCUCAGACAGGGGAGCCUGGUUGGCUGGGAGGAGAGCUCAGGGGGCGGACCGGUUGGUUUCCGGCCAAUUACGCAGAACGGAUACCCGACAGCGAAGCUCCGAUCACCCUGCGAUCCACGGCCUCGGUGACCCCGACCUCAGCCCAGCAGCCAAUGGGCACGCCUCCUCCAGCGCCCGGACACACCUCCUCCUCCGCAUCCUCCGCCAACAGUAACUGGGCCGACUUCAGCACCACUUGGCCCUCAAAUACAGCCAGCCAGUCCGAGAGCGAGGGAUGGGACGCCUGGCCGACCUCUUCAACCAGUCAGAAUCCAUCGCUCAGCGUUCCCUCGGCGCAGCUACGGCAACGCUCCGCCUUCACGCCCGCUACCAUGACGACAGGCUCCUCUCCUUCUCCUGUGCUGGGACAGGGGGAGAAGGUGGAGGGUCUUCAAGCUCAGGCUUUGUAUCCAUGGAGAGCCAAGAAGGACAACCAUCUCAACUUUAACAAAAACGAGAUAAUUACAGUGUUGGAGCAGCAGGACAUGUGGUGGUUAGGAGAACUGCAGACCGGACAGAGAGGCUGGUUCCCCAAAAGUUACGUUAAGCUCAUCUCUGCCUCGAUUGUGGCGCCACCUGGUGGAAUCGCACCACGGAGCAAAAACCCAAGUGAGUCUGGAGUGUCGGAAAGCCCCCCCAAUGGGAAACGCCCCUCGCCUUCCCCAACCAAACCCUCUGAGUCUGGAGAAGAGUACAUCGCCAUGUACACCUACGAAAGCAGCGAACAAGGCGACCUGAGUUUCCAGCAGGGAGAUAUCGUCACGGUGACCAGGAAAGAAGGGGAUUGGUGGACGGGCAUGGUCGCGGGCAAGACCGGAGUCUUCCCGUCCAAUUACGUCAAACCACGAGAUUCAUCCACGGAGUCUUUGGGACCAGGAGGGAAGACGGGCAGCCUGGGGAAGAAACCAGAGAUCGCUCAGGUGAUCGCCCCCUACAGUGCAACAGGAGCAGAGCAGCUGACGUUAGCUCCGGGUCAGCUCAUCCUCAUCAGGAAAAAGAACCCAGGGGGCUGGUGGGAGGGGGAGCUGCAGGCCCGGGGGAAAAAGCGUCAGAUAGGUUGGUUCCCGGCCAACUACGUGAAGCUGCUCAGUCCCAGCACCAGCAAGACCACACCCACAGAGCCCACCCCUCCUAAACUGGCUCCUGCCAACACAGCUCUGUGUCAGGUGAUCGGCAUGUACGACUACGUGGCGCAGAACGACGACGAGCUGGCCUUCCUCAAGGGUCAGGUGAUCACAGUGAUCAACAAGGACGACUGUGAUUGGUGGAAAGGAGAGCUCAACGGGAGAGAGGGUCUGUUUCCUAGCAACUACGUCAAACUCACAACGGAUACCGACCCGAGCACACAGUGGUGCGCUGACCUCCACCUGCUGGACAUGCUGAGUCCAAUGGAGAGGAAGAGGCAGGGUUACAUCCACGAGCUCAUCGUCACCGAGGAGAACUACGUCAACGACCUGCAGCUCGUCACAGAGAUCUUCCACAAACCUCUGCUGGAGUGCGAGCUGCUGACGGAGAAGGAAGUGGCGAUGAUCUUCGUCAACUGGAAGGAGCUCAUCAUGUGUAACAUCAACCAAUCUUCCUCAACGAAGUGUUAGUGAAGCUGCCGACGGACCCGUCAGGAGAUGAACCGCUGUUCCACAUCUCUCACAUAGACCGAGUUUACACGCUGAGAGCUGAGAGCAUCAAUGAGAGGACGGCUUGGGUUCAGAAGAUUAAAGCAGCGUCAGAGCUCUUCAUCGAGACGGAGAAGAAGAAGAGAGAGAAAGCUUAUCUCGUUCGUUCUCAGAGGGCGACGGGUAUCGGUAGACUGAUGGUCAACAUCGUGGAGGGGAUCGAACUCAAACCCUGUCGCUCCCACGGAAAAAGUAACCCAUACUGUGAGGUGACCAUGGGGUCCCAGUGCCAUAUCACAAAAACACUACAGGACACGCUGAAUCCCAAGUGGAACUCCAACUGUCAGUUUUUUAUAAAGGACCUGGAGCAGGACGUCCUCUGUGUCACUGUGUUCGAACGAGACCAGUUCUCACCCGACGACUUCCUGGGCAGGACGGAGAUCCGGUUGGCUGAAAUAAAGAAGGACCAGGGCUCUAAAGGACCGAUCACGAAGCGGCUGCUGCUCCACGAGGUUCCUACAGGAGAGAUCGUGGUCAGGCUCGACCUCCAGCUGUUUGAGGAGCCGUGAAGCCCGGACCGGACCAGACUGGACCAGACUGGAUUAGACUGGAAUUGACUGGACUGGACUGCAGAGGGUUUGAUUUGGGACCUGACAUUUGACUCGGGUUAAACUGGACUGGUCUGGGUUAUCAACAUAUCAGCUUAAAACACUCCAAUUAAGUUAUUUAUUCACGCACAGCCAAUGCAUUUAUCACUUUAAGUCAUCUACUUGCUGCAAUACAAGAAAAAAAAUACAGAUUUUUAAUGAUUGAUUAUAAUUUGGAACAUUUUUCAAACACAUUUACAACAAAAGUGCAACUUUCUCUCACUGCUGCGCUGCAUUAUGUGGCAGCUUUCAAACCUUUUUAGCCUGUUUGGGGAGAAAAAUUUAAUUAAACUCAAAGUAUUAUACCUGAGCAAUACAAGAUUAAAAAAACAACACAGAUUUUUAACAAUUAAAUUACAAUUUGGAGCAUUUUUCAAAAACAUUUACAACAAAAAUACAACCUUAUCUUGCUGCUUCGCUUUAUUAUGUGGCAGCUUACACAUAUUUUUAGCCUGUUUUGGGAGAAAAAUGCAAUAAAAA